CGAUAGGGACCCGCCUAAGCAUAGGCACCUGGUUCCGUUGAGUUCCCGGCGUCCCAGGAACUCACAGAACCAGGAUUUCAUAACCCAUACAGCACACCACUCGCAUACCAUACGCAUCCGUCCAUACAACACACCACUCGCAUACCAUACUCAUCCGUCCAUACAACGCUCGCCGCAGAGUACAGGGUUAGACCUCAUAAAUAAUAAUAGAAGAAUGCAAGCAUUUUUGAAAACUGGGAAGCUUGGAUCCAUUGAUGAGAAAGAAGCUUCCACGUCCGGUGAGAAUGAAAGUCGUCGUAGCGCACCUGCAGUUCCUUGGGUAGAAAAAUAUCGACCACGAACCGUAGAAGAUGUCGUCGAACAAGGCGAAGUUGUUGAAGUUCUGCGGCAAUGUCUGCAUGGUGGUGAUUUCCCGAACUUGCUAUUCUAUGGACCUCCUGGUACUGGCAAAACGAGUACAAUCUUGGCAGCUGCCAGACAAUUAUUCGGUGAUAUGUAUAAGGAGAGAAUAUUGGAGCUGAAUGCAUCUGACGAGCGAGGGAUUCAAGUUGUACGAGAUAAAGUCAAGUUGUUUGCUCAGCUUACAGCGGGCAGCGUUAGGAAUGAUGGAAAACCAUGUCCUCCAUUCAAGAUUAUAAUAUUAGAUGAAGCUGACAGUAUGACAACCGCUGCACAAUCUGCGCUUCGCCGAACUAUGGAAAAAGAAUCUCAGAGUACACGUUUCUGUCUUAUUUGUAAUUACGUGUCUCGAAUUAUUGACCCACUAACGUCUCGAUGUACAAAAUUCAGAUUUAAGCCUUUGGGCCAGGAAAAGAUAAUAGAAAGGUUGCAGCUAAUUUGUCAGAAUGAGAAUUUAAAGGCUGAGAGGGAUGUUCUUUUAAAAAUAGUAGAAGCUUCUGGAGGAGACUUGCGACGAGCAAUUACCUGUUUGCAGUCAGUCACCAGACUUAAAGGAAAGGGUGCUGAACUUACCAUCGAUGACGUUGUAGAAACCACUGGCAUCGUUCCUGAUAAAUGGUUGGAUGAUAUAAUGAAUGUAUGUAAAACCAAAGAUUAUAGCAAAGUCGAGACCUUCGUCGACGAAUUUAUGAUGGAAGCUUACGCAGCUUCUCAGGUUGUAGAGCAACUAAACAAGAAAGUGGUUUAUUCCAGCAUCUUAACGGAUGAGCAAAAGACAAUUAUCGGUGAAAUUCUUGGGGAAUGCAAUUACAGAUUAUUGGAAGGUGGCAGCGAAUACCUGCAAUUGAUAAGCCUCUGCUGUGGUAUUAUGAGAGCUUACGAGAUAAGAUAGAUCCUUUAGAACAUCAAAGCCCACAUUACGAACAAUUACUUUAUCACAUUCGACUCUCAUCACCUAUUUAUUGAUGUUGCACAUGAUUGUCAUAAAUAUAUUGUACAUUUUCAACAAACAAAAUUAACUAUUAGUUGAAAUACCUGAAUGUCGUUCCUUAAAAUUUAUACCACCGAUAUCUCUCGAUUCACACAUCACCGAAAGCAAUAGGUGUACAUAACCUCCACAAAUAAAACUAUUUUUAUCAAA